GUUUGUUGCUACCUACCGAGACACAACAUUCCAAAUGAUUCAAUAAUUAUGGGUCUAUUUAAGUAGCGUCUCCGCAGGCACUUACCCAAUAAUUCAAGUGUUGAACGAUCUCUCUCUCUCUCUCCCAGGCUCUUGAAGGGAAAAGUCGGACAUUAAAAUAAAGUUUGAGAUAUGCCAUCGCCUAUUGAGGCACCCAAAGCCGUGGACGGCAGUGGCCUAACGGUAGAAAAAUCCAUCCCUGUCGCCGUGCAUCCAGAACAUGAAACGCCCGGAGGUUUCCUUUUCUUAACUAGCAUCGAUCAAGUGGCUCACAUAGUUGUGUCGACCAUCUAUUGUUUCGAAAGAAGCAACGAGAAUGCGGUAGAUGUGGUUAGACAAGCUCUAUCCAAAGUUUUGGUUCAUUACUACCCACUUGCGGGGAGAUUAGCAAAAAGCUCCGAAGGAAAGUUGAUUGUUGAUUGCCAAAAGAAACUAGGAGUGCCAUUUGUGGAGGCCGUGGCCGACUGUGACCUUGACAGUCUUGGCGAUAUGUCAAUUCUUCAUCCUGAUGUUUUAGGAAAGCUUGUUUACAAAGACCCUACGACCCAAAAUAUGCCGGAAACUGCGCCCCUUCUAACUGCACAGGUAACAAAGUUAAAGAAUGGAGGUCUCAUUCUGGGGAUAGCUCUCAACCACUGUAUGUCCGAUGGUAUCUCUGCCAUGACAUUCAUCAAUUCUUGGGCUGAAAUUGCAAGAGGCAAGCCUUUAUCGGUGGUCCCUUAUCACGACAGAACUAUUCUAAAGCCAAGGAUGCCUCCUCGAAUUUGCGGUCCCUAUGAUGACUUUGUUCAACUAAGUGACGUAUCAAAUAUGACAGCUCUCUACGAGAAGGAGCAAUUUGUGCAUAAAUCUUUCCACUUUGACUCUGAGAAGCUGGCAGCAGUUAAAAAAAUGGCAACAGCUUGUGGACAGGUGAAGCGCAGCAUCUCCAGCUUCGUAGCACUCGCAGCCCUGGUGUGGCGAACUCGAAGCAUGGCCCUCAAGAUGAAACCGCACCAACAAACAAUGCUCACUAUUCCGGUUGAUUUCAGGUCUAAGCUAAGCCCUCCCAUUCCUGAUGGUUUCUUUGGAAAUGCCGUGGUCUUCCCAUGCUGUCUUUGCAACACGGGAGAGCUGUUUGAUGAGCCGAUCUCUUCCACUGCGGAGAGAAUAGCCGAGGCGAUCGAGCGGGUGAAUGAAGACUAUGCGCGGUCAAGGAUCGACUAUUUGGACAAGUAUGGAUUUGAAGAGUUCGCCCUGGGCACGCUACUAAUAAGUUCUUGGACGAAGCUGGAUUAUGGCAGCUCAGACUUUGGAUGGGGGGAGCCGAGGCAGUUCGGGACCGGUAGCCUGCCGGCUAAGUCCUGCCUGUUUUUGAGGGGAUGGAGAAAUAAGAAGGACGUCGUGGUGGUGUUGAGUUUGCCAUUUUCAGCCAUGAACACCUUCCAAGAGUUGCUCCAAGUUUAAGUUGAUACAUCUUCAAGACAGCUUGUUUAUAGUUGCAAUAUUGCUAUACGUGGCGAGAGUGGGGUGCGAAAUUAGUUUGAGUUGGUGUGACAAACGACAAGUGGAAUUUCCAAAUAAGUUGGAUGUGUUCAACACUCGAUAGAUAUCUUCCAUGUCGUCUAUCAAUCAGUUUUUGUAAUUCAGUCUUGGUGCACCUUAUUACUUACACUUGUAAUUGAUUAUAUUGAAUAUGAUUGUCAGUAUGAAUUUCAACCUCUUGUUUUA